UUUUUAAAAAGCGCUUGCUUUUCCGUUUCCCACAAUUGGAAGCGAUGUUGGCAGUGGCUUCGCUUUUCAAAGGAUUUCGUUACAUUUUGUGUUUAAUUAUUUGUUUCGGGCUGAUGGUGAAACUUUGGAGAAUUGGCGACAAAGACGUUUGGGAGGUAAAAAGGAGAGGUUACAGAUGAAAUCGCAGCGGAUUGGACGCCAGCAGAACUGGAGAGAUAGACGCUGCUGGACGAAUCCCACAUAGGCUGUUACAGAACCGGAGUUCCUCGGACAGUUGUGAGCAGCUGGGCGUUGAACACUUACAAUAUCUCCCAGCUGCUAUCUAUUUAAAAAAAAAGCACAGCAAUUUACCCGAUCUGAAACGAAAUCCAUCAAUGGCCUCCAGCGAGUUGCUUUGUCAAUGGAUUUUAGGAGGUGUUGCAAGUUUUAAAAUUGAGAGCGGAUGCCUGAAUGAGAUUGUCUGAUAUUGAACCCGUGAUAUUGGACAUUCGGUUAUGCUAUUGGAGGCACAACUUGAAAAGACGACCUGGAGCCCCGAAGAAAGGUUUUAUUCCCUUUGCCAGUGAAAUGGGGUAUGGUGCGUUGCCAAUGGCAACUUGAAAAGAUCAAUUUCACUUUCGUUCGGGGCAGGUUUACGCUGGAAACAAACUGGAUUUUUCUGCGGCUCACAGAGAUUCUAUUAAGCCUGCUAAAAGCAACUAAGAGACAACAGUCUUCGUUUCAGGAACACAGGCCCCACAGACGGUUAUUCACCAUGGAGAACAUUUCAGACACUGGGGCUCUGAAUAGAUCCUGUUACGGUUCGGAGGAUAUGUGUGAGUUUUACAAUGGGACAGACACUAACUUCACAGUACCUGAACAGUACCAAGAUUUCUACAUAGUGCUUCCAGUGAUCUAUUCUGUGAUCUGUGCUGCCGGGCUCACAGGCAACACGGCGGUGAUUUAUGUCAUUCUCAAAGCUCCUAAUAUGAAGACAGUGACUAACAUGUUCAUUUUAAAUCUGGCGAUUGCAGAUGAUUUGUUCACCCUGGUGCUGCCCAUCAAUAUAGCGGAUCACCUCCUAUACUACUGGCCCUUCGGAGAGAUCAUGUGCAAGCUCAUCCUUUCCAUUGACCACUACAAUAUUUUCUCCAGCAUUUAUUUCCUGACGGUUAUGAGUGUAGACCGCUACCUGGUGGUCCUGGCCACCGUGCGCUCCAAGAAGCUGCCACAGCGCACUUACAGGGCGGCCAAGAUCAUCAGUCUCUGCGUCUGGCUCCUGGUCACCCUCAUCGUCUUGCCGUUCACCAUCUUCGCCGAAGUCUACACCGAUCCCAUGAACAGGAAGAGCUGCGUGCUGGUGUUCCCCAGACCAGAGCGGGCCUGGUUGAAAGCCAGCCGCAUCUACACUCUGAUCUUGGGCUUUGCAAUCCCGGUUUCCACCAUCUGCCUGCUCUACACCAUGAUGCUCUACAGGCUGAGGAACAUGCACCUGAACUCGAACGCCAAAGCCCUGGACAAAGCCAAGAAGAAGGUGACACUGAUGGUCUUCAUCGUGCUGGCCGUGUGUCUGUUCUGUUGGACUCCCUUCCACCUGACCACCAUUGUCUCUCUGACCACCGAUGUUCAAGAGACGCCUCUUGUGAUUGGUAUCGCCUACUUUAUCACCAGCUUAAGCUACGCCAAUUCCUGCUUAAACCCCUUUCUGUACGCCUUUCUGGACGACAGUUUCCAGAAGAGUUUUAAGAAAUUAUUGGAGUGCAGAGCAGCGUAGAAGGAAAAGAAAAAGGUUAGGCAGGGGUUUGACCAAAACCGGGGCUUGAUUUUAUCAAGUAUGAUUGUUUUAAUCUAAACGCGACAGCGCAGUGCUAACUACAAACUUCCCUGCCGCCACUUCUUGUUGCAGGCUUCUUGUGGCUGAUGCUAAAUGGUACCAUUUGUGAAAGAUCACUCCGGUAACAUCCACCAGCUCGGCAGUAAAACCCCCCUGAGGGAAUUACAGCAGUGCGAACUUUUUUAUCCUGGCUGUGCUCGUGUUGACUGUGACCCGCCGGAAUGAUUCUACAUUAACUUGAAAUUUCGAUGUAUCUGUAGGAUGAGCCCGUGAGGGUGAGAGUUAAAUUAACUUUUUGUUUGGGUAGCCAGGAACGUCAUCUCGGGAGAUAUUGCCGUUAUGUAUGUGCAGAUUUAUGCAGAAAGGGUAGUAUUGUACAUUUCAAAGGGCCAAUGAUAACAUCGACGUCCUUCAUAUUUUGGGAGAUUGCAUGUUGAAUGCACUAAGUUCUGAGCCUUGCCUCCUGAAAUUCUUUAUGAUCUAAAAGUUGUUGCACUUUCUCUUCCCUAUUACUCUUCAUGUGUAUUAUCUCAUUUAGACAAUGUGUAAACCUAUGGCUGCUAGCUGUUCUGCUGUUGUAUUUUCAUUGUCCUUACUCUCGAAUCAUGUCAAUAA